AUGCUCGAAGAUCAACCCUCCAUAGGUUAUCAGUUGAAGUCUUUACUGGACACAGACUUAUACAAGCUGACUAUGCAGCAAGCUGUUCUCUCACAUUUCCCGGAAGCGCAGGCAACUUAUCGUUUCACGCACCGGGAUAAUAAUGUGUACUUUACUCGAAGUUGCAUUGACGAGUUCGAGUCUGCACUAAGUCACUUUAAAAGCGUGGCCUUGACAAAUGAAGAAUUAAAGUGGUUGACGCGAAAUUGUUCCUACCUCAAGCCAGAAUACUUGUCUUACCUGUCAUCUUACCGGUUUAAACCUGAACAAGUUUCCAUUCAAUUCAAGCCCGUGACAAUUGGUAGUGAGCUAGGGGAUGUUGAAAUCGAGGCAAUGGGUCCUUGGGUUGAGACUAUUAUGUGGGAGGUUCCUUUGAUGGCCUGUCUCAGCGAGACAUACUUUCGCUUUGUGUCUAAAGACUGGAAUUACGAAAAACAAGCUGAGCGUGCAUACGAAAAAGCAACAGCGCUGCUGCAAGCGGGAUGCACAUUCAGCGAGUUUGGGACUCGACGCAGGCGAUCUUUCCAUAUACAAGACCUUGUAGUAUCAGCACUCAUCCGAGCAUCGCAGGAAUUCCCCACCCAAGGAAAAUUCUCUGGAACGAGUAAUGUUUAUCUAGCUUAUAAAUAUGACUUGAUGCCUAUAGGAACAAUUGCACACGAAUGGUUCAUGGGGGUGGCUGCCUUACGCGGCUACGAACACGCAAAUUCAACCGCCCUUGAUCUUUGGGAGCAAGUGUAUCCGUCUGACCUUCUCGUUGCUUUGACGGAUACUUUUUCUACUGAAGUGUUUUACAAGGAGUUUAUCACUGACAAGAACCGUGCAAAACGCUGGAAAGGGUUACGCCAAGAUUCUGGGGAUCCCUUUAUAUUUGUACCGCGCGCGAAAGAAGUUUAUGAGAGCCUAGGAAUCAAUUAUCGCGAAAAGAGUAUCAUUUUUUCAGACGCUGUCCAUUUGGAUAAGGCUCUAGCGUUAAAGAAACAAUGCGACGAUCUCGGCUUCGUUUGUUCAUUUGGGAUUGGGACAUUCCUCACAAAUGACUUCUAUACCGUGUCUAGCGGAGGAAAAGACAAGAGCAAGGCGUUAAAUAUGGUGAUAAAAUUAGGAGAGAUAAACGGAAAGCAAUGUGUGAAAAUAAGCGAUGAGUUGACUAAGAAUACGGGCGAUAAUAAGACUGUCUUGGAAGUUAAAAAACUGUAUGGGAUAUUGUAG